UCACAGGCAGCUGUCUCUAUUAAAGUUGCUCCAGUCUGCACACUUCCCUAUUGAGUGAGUUCCUCUGCAAAGAUGAAGUUCGUUUACUUUUACUUGCUGAGCUCAAUUGUACCAGCUUUUCAUAAUGCUGGGGCAGUGGAAGAUAAAGCAGAGGAAACGAAAGAUGAACAUUUUGCUGCUGCUUGUCCUGUGAGGCUGGAAGCAAGUGGACAGUGUAAAGAAGGGGAGGAGUGCUCUUACCAGAUGAACCUGCCUUCCCUGACCAUCCAGCUACCCAGGUCAUUUAGCAUGAUUGAACAGGUAUUCAAAGAAGUUCAAAAUCUCAAGGAAACUGUAAAUAAUCUGAAGAAAUCUUGCCAAGAAUGUAAACUGCAAGCUGAUGAUAACCAAGAAAUGGGAAGACAUGAACCACUGCAGCCUAACACAAAAGCUCCUGAAAAGGAGAGUGACAACAGAAUUAAGGAAUUAGAGAGUGAAGUUAACAGGCUGUUUUCCAAUCUGAAGGAUGCAAAAGAUGAAAUUAACUCACUUCAUGGUCGCCUGGAGAAUCUCAACUUGGUAAACAUGAACAACAUAGAAAAUUACGUUGACAGCAAAGUGGCUAAUCUGACAUUUGUGGUGAACAGCUUGGAUGGCCAAUGUUCAUCUAGGUGUUCAAACCAGUCGGAAUCGAAUUCAGCUUCUGCAAAUAUUCAACAACAUCUAAUAUACAGAGACUGUUGGGAUUAUUAUGGGAAAGGCAGAAAGAGCAAUGGAAUCUACCAAGUUACGCCUGAUCCAAGAAAUAAGAGCUUUGAAGUUUAUUGUGACAUGGAAACCAUGGGUGGAGGAUGGACAGUAAUACAGAACCGUCUAGAUGGAAGUACUAACUUCAACAGAACAUGGGAGGACUACAAGAAAGGCUUUGGAAACCUUAGCAGGGAGUUCUGGUUAGGUAAUGAUAACAUUCACCUUCUGACCAAGAGUAAGGAAAUGGUCCUUAGAAUUGAUCUUGAAGAUUUUAAUGCUGUCAAGUUAUAUGCUGUGUAUGAUCAGUUCUAUGUGGCCAAUGAAUAUCUCAAGUACCGUUUACAUAUUGGUAAUUAUAGCGGAACUGCUGGAAAUGCUCUGCAUUUCAACAGACAUUAUAACCACGACCUUAAAUUUUUCACCACCCCAGACAAAGACCACGAUAGGUAUCCCUCUGGAAACUGUGGACUUUACUACAGUUCUGGUUGGUGGUUUGAUGCAUGUUUAUCUGCAAACUUAAAUGGCAAAUACUACCACCAAAAAUACAAGGGUGUCUUCAAUGGCAUUUACUGGGGUACCUGGCCUGGCAUGACUAGUGGUGAACCAAAUGGCUUUAAGCAUUCCUUCAAGAGGGCAAAAAUGAUGAUUAGACCAAAAUUACUUUCACCAUAAGUUACUACUCAUUCUACCAGCUUUUCAUCUAGUUAUUUUCCUCAGCAUUUUCUCUUCCUUCCCCUCUUUUCCCCUUCUCCUCACUUCCCUUCCCUUUUGCAAUAAAUGCCUUCUAUAUACAAUUUGAUAUUUUCUCCCAGUUAAUCUUAAGACAAUCUUUCCAUAACCAAAAUAUAUAUCUAAUGAGUUUAAAGCAGACGUAAUAUUUUAAAUAAGACAAAAUGAUAGUAAUAGCUUCUUGUGAAAGUCUUAAGUUUUUUUGUUGUUGCUACUAUCCAAAAGUACAUUUGGAAACAAUGGUGUUUAUAUUUCAAUUCAAUUAUAUAUAUAAUUCUAUUAAUCAAAAGAAAUAUCCCUUUUGUAGAGAUAGUGGCAUUUGUUAGCUUUAUUUUCGACAACUGCAACUCUUAAUUUCUUCAUCCAAAUGGCCUGUUUUAAUACAAGUAAGCUAUGCCUGGGUAUAAGCUAGACACUUCGGGCACACAAACUUUUUCAAGUCAUAAGUUACACUUAUAAAACUGAAUAAACUGUUAUUCUGCUAUUCUUUUUGUUUCCCUAUGUGUCUAACACAUAUCCUGGAACUUUCUCACUUAAAUAAAGCUUGACUCUAUAUCUAUUAUAUAACCUCAGAUAAAUAAUUACUAAGCAGUCCUAUGGACAUGCCUAUUAUAUAUAACCUCAGAUAAAUAAUUACUAAGCAGUCCUAUGGACCAUGCUUUUCUAUACAUUGUUAUGAAAGAAUAUUCAUACUGUUAUGAAAAUAUCUCAACAUUUUUUGGAAUUUGUAAGCCAUAAAAGCAGUUGGAAAUAAUAUGUCUUGACAAUCACUGUUUAAAGACAAUCUGUUCACUGUUCAUAAACUUGUCAGAUGCUUGAUACCAAAGACUGCUUCAAUAUAAAAAAAAAAGUCUUUCCUCUGUUCACUGUGCACAAUGGUUUCUUAUUUAAGGUUGCUCAUUUGUGCCAGACUACUGGUAGAGGGUUUUUUAGUGGAGGGGAAAUGAAGUAUUUGUUUGCAAGUCAAAAUACUCUGAAAGUCAAUUUUCUUUCUUUGUGACAUUGUAAUAAAAUGUUUUUCCACAUAGAAAAUUAAGUUUCCUAAAAUUGUUCAUAAUAUAUUUAUCAUAGAUAGGUCAAAGUUGGAUUUACUAAUUUUAACCUAUAUAUUAUUUGCCCAUUAUUAGUAUAUUGUUGCUUUCAAAAAAGAGAAAGAAAAAAUGGAGCCUCUUGAUUCUUUAUCAUCAAUCAGUUUCUGACACAUACAUCAUACUAUAUGGAAUUUGUAAAAAAAAAACACACAAAAAAAAGUAUGCCUAAUUUAGCUAUUGUAGAAAUUACAUGCAUCUGAAAGGCCAACAAUGAUAUCCUAUGAAAUGUGCUGAGCACCCAAAAAAUGCUAUAAUAACCCACUCUGUAUUAUAUUUGAAUCAGCCUAAACACAUCUGCUCUUAAACUUUUCAGUGAUUCUUUCUGAUCUGGUAGCAAAAUAUUCAAAUUAGGUUUAAUUAAGUUGCAUGUUUUGUUCACUACUUUAUAAUUAUUUUUUUCAUAGAAUAGGGCACACAAUUGCUUCCAGUGAUCACAAUUUAUUCUCCAAAACAUUCAGCUCAUAGCUAUCUUAGCCAAAGAUGAUAUAUGAAGUCACCACUUUAAGAAGGAAGAUGUAUCAAAUUGUAUGAAAUAUACAAACCAUUAAAUCAAUAUUCAGCUAAACACGGGAAUCAUGUAUUUAACCACAAUGUUUCUGACUAGGUUAAAAAUGUAAAAUUAAGAAAUUUUGAAAUGUAAAAUGAAGCUCAGCAAUGAGCAAAAUGCAAACUAUUGGUGAAUGCUUCAAAGGAAGUAUGGAUUUCAAACAUAUGUUUUGUAUUUUGCUUGAUCUUAUCUAUUUUUCACAUUUAAAAUACCAAUACUGUAAAAUAGGUAACUUUGACUUGGAGUAAAAAAAUUACACAAUAUUUAUUUCAACUAAUAUAUAAAGUGGCUAAUAUAUGAAAGAAUUUACUAAAUGUUAUGUUAUCUUAUAUGAAGUCAAGUGAUAUAAGAUACCCUAAGGUGAAAUUAUCUUUGUCAAAAAUCUGCUUGUAUGAAUGGAAACCAUGUUGAUUUUAUGGGGGAUUCAGAGUCACACUUUAGAAUUCAAUAGUAUAUAGAUUUAUUAGUAUAUAGAUAUUCAAGAAAUAUCUUGUUUUAACUCUUCUAUCAUUGGGGCAAAGGGGUAUUUUCUUCCUGAUCUUUUUAAAAUCUCUUCCUUUCUCACAAAAUUCCCCAGACUUAAUAUUGUGAAGAACUGGCCACUAGAAGGUGUGCAUCUGGUUUUUAUUCCAAUAUCAAGACUAUGAUCAUCUUAACUUUUGGUGGGAACAAACUGAACUAGAACUGGCCAAAGGGAUGUCCUCUUCUCCAGAGUACUGCAUCAGUGAAUGAGGCUUUAAACUACUUAGUUAUGCUAGUCACAGACAUAGCUUAAGUUAACCCUGAAUUACAGAGAACUCUAUGACAGGAUGGGACCUCUCUUCUCAAGAGUUUAGUUUAUUCUUCAAUUUAAAAAGCUUAAGUAGAUCUUUUCUGAAUUUUUGGUUGUGAGUCCACAAUUUAAACUUAUAUCACUGAUACUAUACAUGGUACCACUAAAAAUUAACUUGGGCUAAUAUCCAUACAUAGGGUACAAGAAUUACCUAAUUUAUUAAUUAACUCCUAUACAAUUCCAUCAUGAAAGUAAAAUCAUUUGUUAGCAAUCUUAAUGACAGCUACUAUUCCAUGAAAAUAUUGACUAGAGUUAGACCCUUGGAAAUGCAAAAUAUGUGUAAAAGUCAUAUGUACCUGGGAAAAAAAGCUCAUUUUAGUGUCAGGGAUUAAUUAACAUAUUAAACUAAGGAAAUAUUAGUUAAAUAACAGCAUAAAUAUAAAAAAAGCCAAGCUAAAAAUGUGAAUUUGCUAAUAAUUGUUUCAUGUUUUUGGAUAGCCACCCAAGUUCAGUUUUAGCUGUGAUAUAUAAUUUUUAAGAUAAAGGUGAAAAAAAUCUUUGGGUAAAGUUGAUAAGAUUUUGUAAAUAUGAUUUGUAUUUUUCUGUGUUUAAAAUGGUCUUAUGUAAUAGCUUUUAAAUUUUGUAAAAUAAAAGAUUAAUCUGAGAAUA